CAUUCUUUGGAUUUUCUCUCUCUCUCUCUCUCUCUCUCUCUCUCUCUCUCUCUCUCUCUCUCUCUUCCUUCACAGACACAAAGAGAGACAUCAUCCUCAUCACACACCCUUUUCCUCGCACUAUCGCCUUCACUAUCUCUUCACAUCCCUCUCUCCCCUCUCUUCUAAUCUUGUUCUCGUUCUUGUUCUACGAGAUGGCUUCUUCUGAAACAAGAAUGAACAAGGCAAUAGAGAAAGAAGAGGCCAUAGCAAAAGGAGUGAAGGUGAGAGCACUUCAAGCGAGUCUAAUGCACAAGUCAAGCCCAUCCUCUACUAACUACAGUCUCAGAAACCCUUCUUCCUCUUCUGCUGCUUCACCUGCUUCUCGUCCUCUCCCUAACCUCUCUGCUCAUGAUUACCCUGUUUUCACUCCUAGCUAUGAAGAUGAGCCUGUGUCUGCAUUUCACCACAAGAAUCUCACUUUAUCUGAGACUUGGGAUGAAGAUGGAGAUGAAGAUCAAGAUGUGCGACAUACUUAUCUCUCUGAUUCUUACAAAACCUCAACUUCAAGAAAGACUGGGAUGCCUCAUCAUGUUUACACUAUGUCGGACGCUCUCAGAUCCCCGCCGUUGCAUUAUUAUGCUUCCGGUAAAAGCAACUGCGGCUCGGUUGACUUUAGGUCGGUCUCUUCUUGCAAUGAUUACAACAAGCAAAGAGGUUUCGAUACCAAGAGCUUGAAGAACUCUAAUCUUGUUGUGCCCUUGACGGAUUCACACUCGGCUGUUGUUUCUUCUCAGCCACGGAACCGUGGAGGAAGAAUGAUGUCUUGGUUAUUCCCAAAGUUGAAGAGGAAGGAAAAGAGUAAUUCCAUCUUUAAUUCCCCUAGUAGAACUGACAAAUCUGAGGAAGUUUCUGAGGUGUUGAAGGAUUCUGGUUCGGGUGUUGAGAAGUUGAAGAGGGAAUUGAUAGAAGCAAUCAGAGGUAGGGAUGCUGCGUUAACACAAGUCUCAGAGAUGAAAUCAUCAUUGGGAGAGUUAAGUGAGAAGCUUCAGUACUUGGAAAGUUACUGUGACAAUUUAAAGAAAGCUUUGAGAGAAGCAACAGAGGUAGUGUCACAGGAGAAUAAUGUUGCAAGAAGCUCAGGGAAGAAGAACUCAGAGAUGCCGGUGAGUGAAGAAGUGAUGGUUGAAGGUUUCUUGCAGAUUGUAUCGGAAGCAAGAUUGUCGAUCAAGCAAUUCUUGAAAACAUUAGUUUCAGAGAUCGACGAAGAAGACUCGACUCUAAUUGGUAACAUCAACACUCUCUUUCAACCUCACAACUUAUCAUUCACCUCCAAGUACUCCAAAAUCAUUCAGUACCACUUAGAAGCGAUCGUAAGCCAGUCAGUAUACCAAGACUUCGAAAACUGCGUUUUCCAGAAGAACGGUAAGCCUAAAUUGCUUGAUCCGGAACAAGAUCGACAAGCGAAUUUCUCGUCCUUUGCUUCCUUGAGAAACUUGAGCUGGAACGAGGUAUUGAAAAAGGGUACAAAAUACUACAGCGAGGAGUUCAGUAGAUUCUGUGAUGAGAAGAUGAGUUUGAUCAUCACAACAUUGAAUUGGACAAGACCUUGGUCUGAACAAAUGCUUCAAGCAUUCUUUGUGGCUGCAAAAUGUGUAUGGUUGCUUCAUUUGCUUGCCUUCUCGUUUAAUCCAGCUUUAGGGAUCUUGAGAGUUGAAGAGAACAGAGAGUUUGAAUCAAGUUUUAUGGAAGAUAUGUGUGCAGAUAGACAAAGAUCAGCAUCGUCCCGUGGACCGGCACGGGUUAAGGUUAUGGUGAUGCCUGGGUUUUAUGUUCAAGAUAGGGUUCUGAGAUGUAAGGUUCUUUGCAGGUACAAGACAUUGGGCUGAAAAGAGUCUAGUCUAAGUCAAAAAUUGAUUAGUUCUUAAUUAACUUUUCUUAUUGUUCAUCUCUUGCCUAGCUUCAGUAGUACUACUUUACAUUUGUGUUUGUUAAGAAUUAUUGUAGGUUUUUAAAUAUUGUCACAUACAAGUUGUCAAGGAGGUUUUGCUU